GGAAUUUGGGGGUUGGGUUAGAGAAAGAUAGCAGCUCGGCGUGCGGUAGAGAAAGACCGCACGGAUACAAACACGCACUCCGCGUAACAAAAUACCGAAGACGUGACCUCAAACUACUCUGAUACAACCACCAUAAACACCGCUUCGCUUCGGAAUGGAUAAGCGGCAAAGACAGUAGUCUCGGGUGGGACAGAGGAGGAUGGGCGCAGUGUCCUGGUGUCAGUGUAGAUGUCUCUCGGUCGGCUCCUGCGACGCGCCUCCUCCAAGGCCUCGGACCUCCUGACCUUUAACCCAGGGUCGGCGGGGUCGCGGAACGGCUUGGACGGAGAGAUCAUCUUCUCCAAGAACAAUGUGUGUGUGCACCCUGCCGAGCCCCUGCCGGGCCUGCCCGAACACCACCCAGGGUACCUGUGUGUGCACAUGGAGAAGGAUGAGAGCCUGGGCACCACUCUAAUCCUGACCUGGGUUCCCAACUCUCGCAUCCAGAGACAGGACGAGGAGGCCCUGCGCUAUAUUACCCCCGAGAGCUCACCUGUCCGCAGAAACGCUCGGCGCAGGCCCCGCAGGCCCCACUCCCGACACCCUCCCGCCCAGGAGGAAGAUGAGGACCGGGAGGAGGAGGAGAGGAUCGGGAACGGAACUGGGAAUGGGAGAGGCCUGGGUCUGGAGGCCAGCGUAGAGCCCCCUCCUCCCCAACAGCAGCAGCCCCAGCCUGGGGGUGAUGAGGGGGAUGAGGGGUCCUGUGAGCUGUCGGCUGACGAGGUGAGCAGGGACAGCACCAUGGGCUCCGACUCGGACACCUUCUCCUCACCCUUCUGCCUGUCGCCCGUCAGCGAGGCCCUCUUUGAGAGCAGCGGCUCUGUGUUCCUGGACAACGAGAGCAGGGAGCUGUGCGACGAGUCCAUGACCCAUUCGGCUAGCUCCGCCUCCAGCCUGGACAGCCACGCCCCCUCUGAGAACAACAGCCAAUCGCAGGGCAUGCGGUGGGAGGAGCAGCAGAAGGUGCUGGCGUUGGAGCAGCUGGGGGGAGUGUUCCGGGUCGACCUGGGGCAUAUGAGGUCGCUCCGCCUCUUCUUCAGUGAUGAGGCGUGUAACAGUGGUCAGCUGGUGAUCGCCAGCAGGGAGAGCCAGUAUAAGGUCCUCCACUUCCACCACACAGGUCUGGACAAGCUGGCUGAGGUCUUCCAACAGUGGAAGUGCUGUAGAGAGACCCAGCUCAAAGACCAGGUAGUGGAUGAGAAGUCAUGUAUGCAGUUCUCCAUCCGGAGGCCCACCCUGCCGUCCGCUGAGACCCACCCAGAGGAACGUCUGUACCGCCGCCUGGACGUCACCACCUGGCUCCGACACCUCAACCACAACGGACAGGUGGAGGAGGAGUACAAGCUACGCAAGGCCAUCUUCUUUGGGGGCGUCGACCCAUCCAUCCGCGGGGAGGUGUGGCCCUUCUUACUGCACUACUACAGCUGUGACUCCUCCUCCCAGGAGAGAGAGGCCUGGAGACUGCAGAAACGCUCAGAGUACCACGACAUCCAGCAGAGGAGGUUGUCUAUGAGUCCUGAGGAGCACAGUGACUUCUGGAGGAAGGUUCAGUUCACCGUGGAUAAGGACGUGGUGAGAACAGACCGCAGCAACCACUUCUUCAGGGGAGAGAACAACCCCAAUGUGGAGAUCAUGAGGUGUGUGCUGCUGAACUACGCAGUGUUCAACCCAGAGAUGGGCUACUGCCAGGGCAUGUCUGACCUGGUGGCUCCCCUGCUGACCGAGGUGCAGGACGAGAGCGACACGUUCUGGUGCUUCGUAGGCCUGAUGGAGAACACCAUCUUUAUCAGCUCUCCCCGCGACGAGGACAUGGAGAGACAACUGAUGUACCUGAGGGAGCUGUUGCGUCUGAUGCUGCCCCGGUUCCACCAGCACCUGACCCAGCUGGGGGAGGAUGGGCUACAGCUGCUGUUCUGUCACCGCUGGAUCCUACUCUGUUUCAAACGGGAGUUCCCCGACACAGAGGCCCUGCGCAUGUGGGAGGCCUGCUGGGCACACUACCAGACGGACUACUUCCAUCUGUUCGUGUGUGUGGCCAUCAUCGUGCUGUACGGUGAUGACGUAACGGAGCAGCAGUUAGCCACCGACCAGAUGUUGCUCCACUUCAGCAACCUCUCCAUGCACAUGAACGGGGAGCUGGUGCUGCGCAAGGCCCGUAGUCUACUCUACCAGUUCCGUCUGUUACCCAGAAUCCCGUGCAGCCUCCAUGACAUGUGUAAGCUGUGCGGUCCAGGGAUGUGGGACAGUCGCUACAUCCCGGCCGUGGAGUGUUCCGGGGAGCACCCUGACUCCCAGAGCUGCCCCUAUGGCGGCACAGCCAUCCCCCAGCCCUCGGCCUCCCCGUCGCCCUCACCCUCACCCUACCCCACCCCACUCCCCGAGGGCAAAAGAGGCUCUAAGACCAGAGACAUCUUCACGUUUCGGAAGCAGUCCUGAGGUGAAAUAGGGGGGGAGGCGGGAGGGAGACAAUGGUGCUAACUGUAACUGUUGAGUAGAUCAGGAGCUGCAGUACUGAUUUUCCGCCACUAGGAUUCCUGACAUACUGUGCUUCUCUCUGACACAUCUCUCCACACUCUCCCCCGUUUCACAAUCUCCAUCUUAGUAAAGGGAUUUUCCACCUGAUCCUUUUGUCCAGUGCGACAUGGAACACUGCCUUAUAAGAAUUUAUAUUUAUUUGGAACACUACCACAGAGACUUGGCACUACGGUUCCCAUGAAGAAGAAGCUGCUCUGCUAUUGGAGGAGAUUGGACAAUCAUCACUCUGUGUUGGACUGUAACCGUUCAGGGUCCACACUGUGGUCUAAGGUUGCUGGACUGGAUUCAAGGUGACUCCAAGGGUCAAAUACUGACUUGAGGUGUGUUGCAGUUAUUUGAACUCCAUCGAAAGGUUUUCAUAUGCUCACAAUGGAAUGUUUGUGUGAAUAAUGGAAUGAUAUAUUAUCUCAGCAUAUUGCAAUCAGGCUGAGGCCUUUUAACACUACACACUUAUAAACCUCCAUCAACCAAGAGAGAGGCAAGCUGUCAUUUCAACUGUCAGUAAGUUGAAAUAUUGGUACUUUUCAAAUAAUAUAUUUUUUCCAUUCCCUUCAAAGAGGGAGUGUGUGUAUCUGUGGGUUUGCGAUUACAAUAUUUAGCAAUAUAGUACGGUUAUAUCCUUGCAUGAACAAUCCUUUAAGUAUAGAGGGCACAACCUGUUUAGCGAAUAACACAGAAGCUCAAAACAGAGGUAUAUAGGAAACUUUCCACAACAGGUUUUCUACAAACAUCCUUAUCAGAUUCCUGUUCAGAAACCUGCUCAUGUAUUCUCACAUUAUCAGAUGACACUGCCUGUCAGGCAGAAAGAAGGUGGUAUUUCAUUUAUCUUUGAUAAGAGAGGAUAUUAAUAAAUAUGGCAUCUAUCAAAGCAAUAUGGACUGAAAAAUAGAAGUUAGACUAGAUGUAGAGGAUAUGAGUUUGUGAAAAAUAUGGGGUGAUGGUUGUGGAUAUCACAACAUUACCAGCCAAAGAGUGUACAGUUUGGUCAGUUAGCUACAGUGGGGAA